AUGGGAUGGCAGAGCCAUGAUGUGCUGUGUUCAGAGCGGCCUGUCCUUCCCAAGUAUGACGAGCAUGCGCAAGCAGGAGAGAACCUCCACAUCGUGCGCCAGCUGGGUGCCAUCGAAGAGCUGCGGUUGGUCUGUCUCUGGCACUAUCGGAGGCCACACACGUGGCCGAGUUUCACGAUGGUGCCCGGUGGCCUCUUGAUGCAUGACAACAAAGGCUGUGGAACCGGUGGAACCGGUGGAACCAUGGAAACGGCACCUGCCUUGCUUCAAAGCAAGUUGCUGCGACUGCUCCAGGAGGUGAUCUGCGCCGCUAGUGUGCCAACGGCUCUCGAAGCAAAUCAGGCGGACAUGCACAGCAAACCUCAGCAAAGCUGCUGGAGAUCUGGAACGCUAGUUCGCCGCACUCAGCCCAGAAAGCGCAAUGCCGCUUGA